AUGGCAACCAUUCUUCAAACGAGAUUGCUGGGUGACGUUCGAGGCAAGACUCAUGACGGUGUGAGCCAGUUUCUGGGUAUUCAAUACGCUACUCUCAAAGACAGAUUCGCAGACGCGGAACUCGUCGAGCAGCGUGAAGGCAGUAUUCUCGACGCGAGCAAGGAUGGCCCAACUGCUUUGUCUCCUUCGUUCGGGUGUGACUUUGAGCUGGGCCACAUUCAGCAUACCCUGCCAAAGAAAGAGCUUCCUCAAUCAGACUUGAAUUGUCUCAAUCUGAAUAUCACCAUCCCGGCGGGCACAACAGCAGCCUCCAAACUUCCAGUGUUUCUCUUCAUUCACGGUGGAGGGCUGGUGCUUGGAGCCAACUCCUGGCCACAAUUCGAUUACGCGCGGUUCGUCAAGUUAUCUGUUGAAAAGAAUUUACCCAUAGUGGCUGUUUCUAUGAAUUAUCGUCUCGGUGCAUUUGGCUUCCUUACUUCUGAUGAACUUCGACGGGCAGGGUACAAAGCCAACAACGGGCUCAGAGAUCAGAAAGUGGCCAUGAAAUGGGUGCAAAAACACAUCGCAGAUUUUGGUGGAGAUCCUGAUAAUGUGACACUCGCGGGGAUGAGCGCUGGAGGAGCGUGUGUAACGUAUCACCUCGAUUCUGACGAGCAACUCUUCAAGAGGGCUAUUGUGAUGAGUGGUACCUGUCUACUCAUCCAACCCUUGCCUUACGAUGUACAUGAGCAGAACUACCAGCAAGCCAUUGCAGCAUUAGAGCUGGCCGAUGUCAGUCCAGAGGAAAGGAUCAAGGCCCUUCUGGAAAUACCGGGUGAGGAUUUGGUUGCCAAAAUCCCUCCAGCUGUUCUAGCAGUUCCUGCAAUCGAUGGAGUCAUGGUGUCCUCGGCCGUUACCUAUGCGCAGGUAGCUGACAAAGGCUCUAACUUUCCCGGCGGAAAGAAGUGGUGCGAAGAUCUAAUGAUUGGCGACGCUCAGAUGGACGCUAGUAUCAUGGCGUUUUUGAUGUCUCAUACGAAGAAAGACUGUGCUAGCAAGUUCGUUACCGCGAUGAACACCGUCCUUUCAUCGAAAUCAGAUGUUACGCAACAAAUCUUGGACAAGUACAACAUCACAAAGGACAUGACAGACGACGAAGCCUUCCCAUCAAUUCUCAACUACAUAAAUGACAUUGCUUUCUUUGCACCAGUCCUGACAUUUGCAAAGGGCUGGAAAAACGACGUAUAUGUCUAUUACUUCAACGAAGGGAAUCCAUGGGAUGGACCCUGGAAAGAUCGAGCGAGUCAUAUCCUUGAUCUAGCGUACCUGUUCCAGAACUUCCGAGAGUUUAUGGGCCAAGACCAGCAACAGCUUGCAAUCACCUUCGCCGAAGACCUUUUCAAAUUCUGUCAUGGCAUGAAACCAUGGCCCGCCAUCGCCCAGAAUGAUGUUGAAGCUGGCUUCACGGCACGAGUCUACGGUCCUGCACCCAAUGUCGGACAAGUGAACGGGCCGUACAAGGAGGGAAGUUUGAGAAGGAGUGUUUUAUUUGACCACGCUGACCAAGUGUCGCUAGAUGAGUUUGCAAAGGAUUCCGUGCCAAUCGGUUACAUUUUGUGGUCUCUGUUGCUCGAGUACCCGCAUGCUAUCUCAGCGGUACAGCUUAAUCUCAUCUUCGCUAUGGUCCUAGGCAGCCUGCUGUCAAAACAUGGAAAAAAACCUAAGCGACCGGUUCUCCUCGAGCUAAGGUCUUCCAAAGUCUUCGUCAUAUUUGUGGUCUCUUUCGCAACAUUCACUGAUAUCCUGCUAUAUGGGCUUAUCGUUCCUGUGACUCCUACUGCAUUGCAUGAGAGAGUCGGUUUAUCUGAGGAUGAUGAACAAUCAUGGACCUCGAUCUUGUUGGCCUUGUACGGAGCGGCACUGCUGGCAGCUUCCCGUGAGUUUGACCAUCCUUCGCCCCCGAACUAUAUCGUGACGAUUUUACUCACCUUCUCGUCGAAUUCAGCUAUUUCCGGCUACCUAGCAGAUCGGAUAGAGUCUAGGCGCUGGCCUCUCCUGAUAGGGCUGGUCGCCUUGGGUGCUUCUACGGCGUUGCUCUGUGUAGGCACUACCCUGGGCCUCUGGAUCGCCGGCCGUUUGUUUCAAGGGGCAUCGGCAGCUGUUGUUUGGACAGUCGGACUAGCCCUGCUAGUUGACACGAUUGAAAAAGAGGCUCUGGGUGAGGCGAUGGGAUAUGCGGCAAUGGGCAUCACACUUGGGACAAUGACGGGCCCCCUCCUUGGGGGUGUUAUAUAUGAGAACGGAGGCUAUUACGCUGUUUUCGGUCUCGCAUUCGGUAUAAUCGGCUUUGAUAUUUUCUUGCGGCUCGUCUUAAUUGAGAGGAAAGAUGCCCUGAAGUGGCUUCACACCGCAAAGUCAACAGAACCGGUGGACAAUCCAACGGAAAAGCAACCUACGGAUGGGCGUGUGAUUCUUCCUUUGCCGACUGACGAGUGCGACAGUAACAGUCGCAACGAGCAUGACGCAGCAUCGAACCCGACACCGCGAGACGAUACAAUUUGGGAUGCGAACCAACAUAUGCCUCGUAAGAGACGCUUUGGCGCUGUUGCCACCCUGUUGGCCUCGGACCGAAUGCUUGUCACGCUGUGGGCUUACUUUAUUGUGUCGGUUGCGUUGACGUCUCUCGAUAGCGUACUUCCUCUUUUCGUUCAGGAUACAUUCGGGUGGAAACAGACAGCCCAAGGGCUUAUAUUCAUCCCAGUGUCGGUGCCUCAUCUUCUGGAUCCGUUGUUCGGGUACAUCAACGACAAGUUCCCCCAAGCUCGGCGCUUUGUAGCUGCUGGAGCACUCCUCACCACAGUCCCAUUGUUCGUGCUUCUCCGACUUGUCACAACAAAUUCUAUGAACCACAAAGUGGUGCUUUGUGUGCUGCUGGCUCUGAUCGGGCUCUGCCUGGCCUUCCUGAUCCCACCGCUCUUUGUUGAGGCCUCGUACGUUGUUCAGGAGAAAGAAGCUGAGUCACCCGGCGUCUUCGGCAAAGGAGGCGCAAUGGCACUUGCGUACGGUAUCCUCAACUCUGCUUUUGCAGCUGGGUCCAUAGUCGGGCCAUUCCUGGCUGGGUUCAUCCGAGAAAGCGCUGGCUGGGGCACAAUGACUUGGGUCUUAGGUCUGCUAACGGGCGUGUCUGCUAUUCCUAUCUUGCUUUUUUUGGGUGGCCGUAUAUGGAAGCCUACAGAACGGCAUGCUGAGAGUCAGUCUGCCUAA